ACCCACCAUUACCCACUCUCGACUCUCCAUUUCACAGUCAAACACCAGAGAUUUGUUACAAUGGCUGCCACCGGAGAAGCUCAGCCUGCAAAACACCAAGAAGUUGGCCACAAGAGCCUCCUUCAAAGCGAUGCACUUUACCAAUACAUUCUCGAAACCAGUGUUUACCCCAGAGAGCCAGAAUCCAUGAAAGAGCUACGAGAGGUCACUGCUAGACACCCUUGGAAUCUUAUGACGACAUCUGCUGACGAAGGACAGUUUUUGAACUUACUUCUCAAGCUCAUAAAUGCUAAGAACACAAUGGAGAUCGGUGUUUACACCGGUUAUUCUCUUCUUUCUACUGCUCUUGCUCUUCCAGAAGAUGGAAAGAUAUUGGCUUUGGACAUAAACCGUGAAAAUUACGAAAUUGGCCUUCCAAUUAUCGAGAAAGCCGGUGUUGCUCACAAGAUUGACUUUAGAGAAGGCCCUGCCCUUCCUCUUCUUGACCAAAUGGUUGACGACGUAAAAUUCCAUGGAUCAUUUGAUUUUAUUUUUGUGGAUGCUGAUAAAGACAACUAUCUUAACUACCACAAAAGAUUAAUUGAUCUUGUGAAAAUUGGAGGAGUGAUUGGCUACGAUAACACCCUUUGGAAUGGGUCUUUGGUGGCACCUGCUGAUGCUCCACUGCGAAAGUAUGUUAGAUAUUAUAGAGACUUCGUAUUAGAGCUGAAUAAAGCGUUGGCUGUUGAUCCAAGAGUAGAGAUAUGUCAGCUUCCGGUGGGUGAUGGAAUCACUCUAUGUCGCCGUAUAAGCUAA